GAUUAUUUAUUUCCAAACUCACAACAAGAACUGUCAAAACUGUUGUGAUAAACUCAUUGCUGCCAUCUACGUUAGCUGUAGGAGGCAUAUUUGAUAACAGUAAAAUGAGCACCUCUGCUCCGGAAGAUAAUUCAGUGGUACCCAAUUUUCAAUUUGUCAAAUGGUCCAUCAAGUGUAAACAAUUUUGAACGGAAAUAAUAAAAUGGAUCAAAUAAAGAUCCCAAAGGUAUUCGUGGAAAAUGUAAGGAUUUUAGAUAAAUAUAGUAACAAUCACUCUGUUGGAACUCUUUUUUUGACUGUACCUCAUCUUAUAUUCACCGAACGAAGUGGAAAGAAAAAGAUUUGGGUUUUAUGCACUCAUAUUUCUAAUAUAGAAAAGCAGCCUCUAACUACAACAGGCUCGCCGCUAUGCAUCAAGUGCAAACACUUUUUUAUUGUUACGUUUAUUAUUCCGAAAGAACGAGAUUGUCAUAAUAUAUAUCAAGCGCUAUCCAAAUUGUCCUGCCCAGUAAAUUUAGAGGAUCUCUAUUGCUUUUAUUAUCAACCUAGCGGGGACACCCUGCCACAGCAUGCAGGAUGGAAUUUUUUUAAUCUACAAAGUGAAUUUCAGAGGCAGGGUGUUCCUAACGAGGAAUGGUCUCUGUCUUAUUUAAAUGGGAAUUACGAGCUCUGUGACACUUAUCCCAAGUAUUUAUAUGUGCCCAGCACAAGUACUAACAGUACUCUGAUAGGUAGUGCAAAAUUCAGAAGUAGAGGAAGAUUACCAGUUUUAACAUAUUUACACUCUAACAAGGCCGCCAUUUGCCGGUGUAGUCAACCUCUGUCAGGAUUCAGUGCUCGAUGUCCUGAGGACGAACAAAUAAUGUACAACAUAUUAUGUACAAAUCCUAAUUCCAAGUAUAUGUACGUUGUAGAUACACGACCGCGCAUUAAUGCCUUUGCCAACAAAGCUGCAGGGAAAGGAUAUGAAAACGAGAACUUUUACGAUAAUAUAAAGUUUCAUUUCUUUGGUAUCGAGAAUAUACAUGUAAUGAGAACCAGCUUAAACAAAUUGAUAGAGUUACAAAGAACAACUUCGAUGAGUGCAUUCUUAAAUGGUUUGGAAAACAGUGGAUGGUUAAAACAUAUAAAAUCUAUAUUAGAAGCUGCUUGGUUCAUUGCUCGAGCAGUUUCAAAUGGAGUUAGUGUAGUAGUGCAUUGUAGUGACGGCUGGGAUCGUACUGCACAAGUGUGUUCGCUAAGCGCCCUCUUAUUGGAUCCAUUUUACAGGACGAUCCAAGGUUUUCAAGCGUUAAUUGAAAAAGAUUGGUUGUCGUUUGGACAUAAAUUCAGUAACCGUUGUGGUCACGUCAUCUGUGAUAAUAAAGAAUUAGCGCCGAUUUUCACACAGUUCAUUGACGCGACGUAUCAAUUAUUGCAACAGUAUCCAUAUAAAUUUCAAUUUAAUGAAUUCUUCUUAUUGACUCUUCACGAUCAUGUGCACAGCUGCCAGCAUGGCACUUUUAUAGGAAACUCCGAAAAGGAAAGGCAGAUAUUGAGAGUAUCGGAGAGAACGUAUUCCUUAUGGGGAGAAAUGGCAAAUAAUAUGCACGAGUACAUAAAUCCGCUUUUCAAGUGUAGUCGUCAUAACGACGAAUCCAGCAGCGUUCUUCAACCAAAACUGGUUCCACAGAGCAUCAUUUUAUGGCGAGGAAUGUAUUUCAGGUUUGAGAAUGGUAUUCAUCCUAGAGAAACAUACGAAGAUUAUUUGUUAACAAUGCAUGAUCAUACCAGUUGUCUGGAAGAUCAUGUAAAGCUUCUUGUAAAGAGAGUAGGUGCCUUGAAUUCAACGCUGAAUUCGAACAAUGUCCAAAGAAAAGGUGUCCAAGGGAAACAUAAGUAUGAUAAUAUGUAUGUUAAAGAUCCUUUAUCCGAAACGAUCAUAGAAAACACAACGAAUCACGAGGAAAAGAACCAAAAUAAAAUUCAAAUUAAUCAGUUAGAAAAUGAAUUGAAGACGGUUGCGUUAGAUUGGAAAUCAGCUAGAAGUAUGGAAGAAUGUUCAUGUUCUACCACAUUCGACGCAUUUAACAGAAAGCACCAUUGUUGGUCAUGUGGCGAAGUACUGUGCACCAGGUGCAUGGGUGAUCAUACUGUUCUCGCUGGUCAUCUUUCACAACGUGCAGUGCCCACUUGUAAGUCAUGUACUCAAAAUUCCAGUAUUCCAUCUACUAGUCCUUAAGUCAGUUUUUCCUUAAAUACUUAAAUUUGUGAUUUGUACCUAAGAUGUACAUUAAUUAAACAAUGUAUUGUUAAGAUUAAUUAAGAUGAAGAAAAUAGAAAUAAUACUUUUUAAACGAAUGUUUUCUUUUAAACUUGAUAGUAAAAAAUUGUAUAUUUUACAUUUCUUCCUGCUUUCUCUUUUUUAAAUAUAUCAAAACCAAAGUACGUCAAACAUUGAAUAAAAGGAAAAAAGAUGUGAAGAA